UGUGCGCAGGCGCGCUUAAAGUUACGCUUUCUUUGUAAUGUAAACGUUAUUUUUACUGAGGUGUAACUCGAAGAAAAGUGAGACUUUUUUUAUUUCGCCUUUUUGUUUGGCUCGUUGAGUUGAUUGGCUUUUGUUUGGCCCAAUAGUAGGAGAGACUGCCGCAUGAUCCCGAGAGCCCCAACCAAUGGAAGCGUCGGUGGGCGGGGCUCCGUCCUCCAGCUAACGUAAGCGUUGUUAGUCGGAAGAAGAAGCCGAUUCUGGAAGCCAUUACGUUGCGCACAUUAACGGAGUAAAUCCUACUAUUUUUGCGUACAAUACGCACAAUUACCUUUCGUAAAGAGGCUUUUCUGCACUUAUGGCAUCGGUGGCCAAAAAGAGAAAAAUGAAUUUCUCGGAGAGGGAGGUGGAAAUUAUAGUGGAAGAAAUAGAGAAACAAAAGCACACACUGGUUAACCACUUCAACGCCGGAGUCACGCACAUGGCCAAGAAUAACGCGUGGAUGGACAUCCUGAAAAAGGUGAACCAGGUCACCACCUGUCCGCGCGAGCUCCCCGAGGUGAAGAAGAAGUGGUCCGACAUGAAGACGGAGGUCCGGCGGAAGGUGGCCCAAGCGCGGGCUGCCAUAGAGGGGACGUCCGCCGACUGCACUCCAGUUCCCGUCAUCCUCACCGCCAUGCAGCAGCGGAUCUGUAACCUGCUGGGAGAGGCCACCAUCAUCAGCCUACCUGCCGGAGACUCGGAUGCUGAGAUCACCUUACCUGUGACCGUCAACGCCGCCGCCACCGUCACUCUGACGGAAGCUCUUCCAGCCGGUGCCGGGACGGUCUGUGACGACUCAAAGCCGCUGAACGCUGAGACGACGUACCACACUCUGGAGGAUGGCGGCGUGGUAGAGUACUGCACCACCACCGAGGGAGAUGCCACUCCCACCGUGGUCACUGCCGUUGAGGCUCCCGUGGAGAUGCUCGCCUCGUCUUCCGUUUCCCCGCCGCCGCCUCAGAGUCAUGCCAAACCUCAGGAGCUGAAGAGCCGCAUUGCCCUCAACUCUGCCCGCCUGCUGCAGGAGCAGCGAGUCACCAACGUGCACAUCCGCCAGAUCGCCCAGCACCUGGAGGGCCAGAACGAGCUGCUGCAGAUGAUGCGGCGCUCCCAGGAGGCGCAGGCGUUCGCCCAGGAGAGGCAGGCCCUGGCCCUGGAGGGUACGCAGGCCGCAUUGCUGGCGCUGGUGCAGAUGCUCCGGCCGGCUCUGAAAGAUCUGAGGAAGUUCCUGCAGAGCGGGACCGAGGGGACGAACGCCAGCGGCUCGGCGGCGGCAGCGGGGGCGACAACUGACGGAGCAUCAACAGAGGAGCAGAGCAGGCCCAAAACACCGCCUCCUCCCUCACAGCAGGCUGAGGAGGCGCACUAGACCCUGUGUGUGUGUGUGUGUGUGUGUGUGUGUGUGUGUGUGUGUGUGUGUGUGUGUGUGUGUGUGUGUAUGUGAUUAAAUGAUGCCUUAUGAAGAACAUGUACAGAAGCAGAAACUGUUAUUUUUAUCUCUUUGGCAGCAACUUCAUGUUAUUUAAUACUCUGAAUCUGAUAUUCUGACAUUUUCAAUGCAAAGUUGGAACAUUUCUUGAACCCAAAGGAAGAAUAUUGGGGCGAUUUUCAGGCCAUCAGUAGCUGGGUUUGUCAGUGAGCUGCACUUUAACCAAAAUGUACUGAAUAAAAUGUAAAAGAGGGCGGAGCUGCUUCUCCUCAUUUCCUGCUGCAUACUUCCUGUUCCUGUGCUGGAGGUUCAAACAUGGAUAAAGUUUCAGAUAAUGAGGUCAGUGCAUGUGCCAAAGGUCAGGCUUCACACUCAGGUUCUUUUACAGCCAUGCUGAUUCGAUGUUCUGCAUCAUGUGGACAUGUAUGAUGUCACUGACAGUUUCAAUAAAGUUCUUGAGACGAGUCCAUAAACAUCUAAAACUUAAACUCAGUCUCUGCGGAUCAUCUUUUCCAGCUGGAAUGUUUUCUGGAGCGUCGGCUCUUUUCAGAUCCACUGAGGUGCUGCCAUGUUCCCCCUGUUCUUGUAGCUCUGCCAUGUCUGAUGGAUCUUCUCCAGUGUGUCCACAGGGAUCACGUUUUGAGGAGCGUAGGAAUUAAAUAAUGUCUAGGUUUCCAGUGUGCUCUAAG